AUGAAACUCCUUUGCUUGCUGGCGACGUUUCUUUUGACAAGCUACACGGGCGCAAAUCUGGCUUACAAGUCUAGGCCUGACCUUGCAGUCCCAGUCUUGAACAUCACGAUCCCUGCGACAAAUGAUACUGCCGAGGGCCUGAUCUUCUAUACGCCGGAAAGCACCUACGCCGAUGAUACUGGCCAUGGGCCCGCUCAAAGCGGUCCCUAUAUAUUCACUGAAAAAGGUGCAUUAGUGUGGUCAGGCUUUGGUUACGUUGGCCCACGAAGCGAGAACUUCCAAGUUCAUACAUACCGAGGCCAACAGGUGUUGGGCAUCUUCGAAGGCUCGCACAACUCACCCAUGGGACACGGACACGGCCACACGUCAAUCUUUGAUAAUAGGUACCGCCUGCUGAAGGAGAUCAAGGGCGGAGGACAUUCUCUUGCAGAUCAGCAUGAGUUUCUCUUUUUCGAUAAUCAUUCAGCCGUCUUUACGGUUUUUGAUCCUGAGAUCCGUGACUUGACUCCUUAUGGUGCAACGUCGGAAACCCAGUCAUGGAUCCUUGAUAAUAAGAUCCAAAAGGUUGAUACAAAUUCAAAUCGAGUGCUCUGGGAGUGGAGCUCGCUUGAUCAUGUUGAUCCUGCUGGGACUAAUUUGACGCUGGAAAGUGGGAAUGCUGGACUCGGCGUGAACUCGAGUCAAGCCUGGCAUUACUUUUAUAUGAAUGCGUUUGAUGUGGACCCGAAGACGAACACGUACUUGCUUUCUGCGCGGAGUAUGUGUACUAUCUUCAAAAUAGACGGUGAUACUGGGAAUAUUAUCUGGCAGCUAGGUGGGAAGAAUUCUGAUUUCUCUCUUGAGGAAGGAGUGGACUUCUGCUGGCAACACGACACCCGAAUGCAUCAUAGAUAUCUGCAUUACGAGACAAAGGGAUCCAAGGAGAUUGUUUCUUUUUUUGAUAACUCGGCACAUGAAAAUCUUAUGGGCGGCCCUGAUCUCAAGACUCGUGAUUAUAGUGCAGGGAAGAUCGUUGAGCUAGAUAAGAAGAGGCGCACUGCGAGGCUGAUCGCCAGCUUCCGGGCCCCUGGUGAUCUCUCUGUUCGAUCACAAGGUAAUCUACAACUGUUGCCUAACGGCAAUGCAUUUAUCAACUGGGGAUACGAGGGGGCAAUGUCUGAGCAUAAGCCGGACGGAACCACGAUCUUCUUUUCCAAGCUGGACUCGGGGAGACUCGGACCUGGUUCUGAAAAUUAUCGUGCCUUCAAGUUUGAUUGGCAUGCUCUUCCCGAUGAGGAGCCUGCUCUCGUCGCCUUUGAGGAAUCGAACGGGACGUCUCUACAUGUGAGUUGGAACGGGGACACAGAGACAAAAAUCUGGAUGUUCUAUGAGGAACAAAACAAUGGUGAGAGGAAUUUGCUGGGCCGGGCUCUCAAAGAUGGAUUCGAGACUCGUUUUCGAACAAAGAAAAAACCUGCUCGGGUAUUGGCCGAGGCAUAUAGUGCUCAAGAUCAUCGACUGGUGUCUUCAUCCGUCAUUAAGACCCGAAAAUACCAGGCACGCCUCUACUAUGCAUAG